AUUGGCCGUUCCGAGCAAGGCGGGUUAGGCGCGAGUUUUGGUGUCCCUGGUUUUGGGAGCUGUAGGAUGGCGGCGCAGAGAAGUUUGAGGUAUUCUAGGGACCUGGGUGCAAAACAUCCAGGGAGCACUUUGGGAAACACAUAUUCCAGGAAACAGAAAGCUGGUCAAAAGGCCAAGGACGUGUUUGACUUCUCUAAUAAUUCUGAUGUCUCAAGCAUGCUGGGAGAACUCGAGGAAGAAGGGGACCCUUCCGAAACCUUCGACCCCCCUCUGCACAGCACUGCUAUCUACACAGAAGACGAGCUGUCCAAACACUGUGUGUCCUCCACGCCCCCAGCCACCCACGGAGGAAGGAAGACCAGCAACUCGAACCCUUCUGAAAAUGAAGCAAGUGGAGCUGAGUCUAUCAAGCUCAGCGCAAAAAAGCCAAGAAGGCUGGAGUCCAACAGCGGUGAGCUGGACAGCUCUGAGGCCAAUGUCAGGAGCGAGGCGUCUACAGUAGGCCGAAGGUCACGGCGGCCCCAGGCUGCUCCUGCAGCAUUGUCGCCCCCUGAGAGGCCAGCGGAGCCGGUCACUCCCAGGAGGACAAGGCUCCACAGCGCGCAGCCCUCUGCUGUACAGGAGACUCCAGCAACCCAAAGUCAACUGAAAACUCAGAAGAAAGUGAGGCUGUCUCCAGGCAGAAGGAAGACACCGAGGAGCGGAGCCACAGACUCGGAUGCUUCUGAAAGUAUACACAUGUGGUGUCUGGAAGGAAAGAGACAGAGUGACAUCAUGGAGUUGGAUGUUGUUCUGUCUGUGUUUGAGAAAGCCUUCCUGGAGUAUAAGCAAAGAGUAGAAUCUGAAAGUUGUAAUCAAGCCAUCAACAAAUUUUAUUUUAAAAUUAAAGGAGAACUCAUCAGAAUGCUUAAAGAAGUUCAGAUGUUAAAAGCCCUGAAAAGGAAGAACACCAAGAUAAUUUCUGACAUGGAAAAGAAAAGGCAGCGUUUAAUUGAAGUCCAGGAUGAACUGAUUCGAUUAGAACCACAACUGAAACCACUACAAACAAAAUAUGCUGAACUUAAGGAGAGAAAGUCAUCACUUAAGAAUUCCAAGCAUUUCUUAUCUAAUUUAAAACAGCUGUACCAAGACUAUUCGAAUGUCCGAGAGGAAGGACCAAGGGAAAAGGACAAGUAUGAUUCAUCUAGCCUUCCAGCUUUGUUAUUUAAAGCAAGAAGCAUUCUUGGAGCUGAAAACCACCUGAGAACCAUCAACUGUCAGCUGGGGAAGCUCCUUGAGCAGGACUGAGAACCCAGCCUCCUGCUCCUCCUCCUCCUGCUGCUGCUGCUGCUGCUGCUGCUGCUGCGCCUCUCUCUGCUGACAGCCUGCUUCUUAGGGUGCACUAGUAUUGUGUCAUUCAAACUAAAUCACAUCCUUUCAGUUGUCUAAUAGUUCAGAAAGCACAGCCAUAUUUCAGGCACAUAGCAGUAUUGUGUUAAUACAUUUCAGUCUCUUGGCAUGUUAGUUAUCACCAGGCAUAAGAGUUUUAACCUAUAAUAAACUCUUUAAUGAUGUCAGUGCAAAUGCAAGCAUAGAAUAAUUUUGGUUAACUAGGAGCAUCUCCUGAAGUAUGUCAAAGGUAAUCUUCAAUAAAUCUGGCUUUGGUAAACCAAUUAAUAAAGCAGUUGCUAUAAA